AUCAGUGAACCUCUAUCGUCAUCAGACCAUUGGAUUAUGUGAUCCAAAUUGCUUGUUAAAUUUCGAUUCUACAUUAGGUAACAGUUAACGUAUCAUUAAACCUGACUUCAAUGACUAUGAAUUAUUUUAUCGUUGGUAACAACAACAACAGAAAUGAUAAACCAAGAACUGAAGCUGCCCUUUAUUACCAAACAAGCUUUUACAUGAGAGUAAUCCUUUGGUUACCGGUUCUGUUAUGUUGAGUAAAAGAGGACCAGCCCAACUUUUCCUAGAACCGACCUUAACCUGUUCCCUUGAUGAACUCGUAUAUAAAGCUGUUCAGAUGUCUGUCCAGCUCUCAGGUCACUUACGGUUGUUGGUUUGGUAAAGUGAUUAGAUACUAAUAUAACUUUUUCUACUUUGAAAAUCAGUGUGCUUAUUGAAAACAUGAAAUCGACUUGCUUAAUUGUUUUAGCCCUUUUUGGUGCAUUUGCCACAAUCAAAGCUUAUCCAAGUGUUAAAGGAGUUCCUAGCCAAGUCUCAGAUGUCAAAGGUCUCAAACAUCCCCCUAGUCCAGGACAUUAUGAUCGUCCAUCUAAAGUUGGUCAAUCAAGAGACGAUGUAAAAGGUGUCAAAUCAGUUCCUGUCGUUCAACAACAACAACAACAACAAGUACAAGAUGAGGUUAAGGGUGUCCAACAGAGAGACCAACAAGUCAAAGGACAAUUCCCUGUUCCUCAAUAUCCAGUCAAAGGUGUGCAGAGAGAUCCAGUAAAGGGUAUUUCUCAGCACCCAAUCGCUCAACACCCAAUCAAAGGGCAACAUCCAAUUGCUCAACAGCCAUUUAAAGGCCAACAACCAAUCGCCCAAGAACAAGUUAAAGGACAACAACCCCUUGGAGUUACUAGACAACCUUACCCAGUCAAAGGAUAUCCUCAACAACGAGAAGAGAGCGCAAAAGGAGCAAAAAGUCUAGUUCAACAAUCUGAAGUUAAAGGUGUCCCACGACAAAGACCAUACUACCCUGUUAAAGGCCAUCCUCAACAAACUCAACAACAAGUUCAAGAUGAUGUCCAACAGCGCCAACAACCCGUCUUUCCAGUAAAAGGCCAACGACAAACUCGAAGUUUAAACUAUGAACAAGACUUUGACUCAGGAAAAGUCAGCCCUGCCCACGCUCUGCAACAACGAGAACAGUCUGUUAAAGGCCGAAAAGGAGGCAUCAAAGGUGCACCAAAGGCUCCAACAAAGGGUGCUUUACGAAAGGGAGGUAAAUCUGUCGAGGAUGUUAAAAUUGUUCAACAAGAAGCUAAGGUUGCUAAUGUUCAAUCUCCAGUUCAGGUAAAAGAACAAAAAGUUGACGAGCAAGUCAAAGUUGAACAAAACUCAGUAAAAUCUGUUCAAGAAUCAGUUCCUGUUGCAGUUGCUCAAGAAAAAGUCGUCCAAGAAUCAGUUGCAGUCGUAAAAGUUGCACAAGAAAAAGUUGCCCAGGAAUCAGUUCCUGUCGCUAAGGAUGUCCAAGAAAAAGUUGUCCAAGAAUCUGUGAAAGUUCCACAGGAAUCUGUUAAAGUUGCUCAAGAAGCAGUCCCAGUCCAGGUUAAAGAUACUCAAGUAAAGUCAGAAGAGGUACAAUCUCGAUCAGAAGAAGCCGUUAAAGGGCAAACCGUAGUUUAUGCUGUUGCUAGUGGUGUUGGUGCCGGUUCUGGUGGCUCAGCCUCAGCUUCUGCAUCAGCUGUUGUUGUUGUUUCCCAAGAGCCCCAAGUUAAAGAGGAUGUUAAAUCUGUUAUUGUUGAUGACAAAAAAGAUGAUGUAAAAGUAGUCAAAUCAGAUGAAACCAAACAAGCACGUAAUAUGGGAAAAGUUGGUUCACCAGUAAAAGGUGUUCCUUUUUAUCGAAGAAAAAUUAGUCAACAAAAGGAUGUCACUGUUCAACAAAAUGAACAACAAGCUGUCCAAGAGCCUCAAGUCGUUCAACAAGAUCAAACAGUCCAACAAGAUUGAGUUAUUUGAAUCUCUUCUUUGCUCUCAAAAAAAUACUCAAACAAAUAUUGCCGAGCUUGUGUCCUAUUAAUUUAUUGCAUUUUUUUCAUAAAAUAAUUUUAAACGAAAA